AAGAUUUGGGAGUUGGGGAAGGGAGCAAGCUGACUCUGGUACCCACGGUGGAAGCUGGCUUGAUGUCUCAAGCAUCUAGGCCAGAACAGUCGGUGAUGCAAGCAUUAGAAAGUUUAACUGAAACUCAGGUAAACGACUUCCUGUCCGGGAGGUCCCCCCUGACCCUUGCCCUGCGGGUGGGCGACCACAUGAUGUUUGUCCAGCUGCAGCUGGCAGCUCAGCAAAACAGCGGGCAGCUCCAGCACCGCCACGUGAUUGCCGGCCGCGGAGAACAAGCUGGAGGCGCCACAGCCCCCGCGCCGGCGGCCGGACCAGCUGCCUCCAGUUGCCGCACCCUGCCUGGGAGCACUCCCGCCUCCUCCCCUACUUUUGCCCGGCUCCCUACGGCACCCGCUUGCCCGCCAAGCCCCGUGCCCAGUCCUGCUGCUUCUCCGUCGCCAAUGCAGACUAUGCCUCUCUACUGUACCACCGCUAACCCGACCCCCGUCACGGCAGGGAUGUUCCACUCCCAUGGGACCAGCGCACAGACGGUCAACGGAGGCGGGAGUGGCAGCGUCGUGUCUUCGUGUUCAGAGGUAGACUGCACCUCAAGAAGUAAAAGUUCGCCCAGCAGCAGCCCUUCUCAGGCCUCUCGGACCCGGAAACACGGCGCCGUGAUAGAAAGCUUUGUUAACCACGCCCCUGGGGUUUUUUCGGGAACGUUUUCUGGCACUUUGCACCCCAACUGCCAAGACAGCAGCGGCCGGCCGCGUCGAGACAUCGGCACCAUCCUGCAGAUCCUCAAUGACCUCCUGAGUGCCACGCGGCACUACCAGGGCAUGCCCCAGUCGCUGACGCAGCUGCGGUGCCAGACGCAGUGCUCCUUGUCUACCCCUUCCCUGGAUCUCAACAACCACACUACCUCAGAAAGAACGGCAGCUGCUGCUAACCAGCCCUUGCACUUGGGGGUCCAGUGCCCGAGCCAAGCAGCCACCUGCAAGCCCACCG